UUUUGAAAGGAUGGCCUUCUAUGGAAUAGCUUCAAAUUUGGUGAACUACCUGACCACACAGCUUCAUGAAGACACCGUCACCUCCGUCCGGAAUGUCAAUAACUGGUCCGGCGCCGUUUGGAUCACUCCGAUCUUCGGUGCUUACCUAGCUGAUUCUUACCUCGGUCGUUUUUGGACUUUCACGGUCUCAUCCCUAAUUUACGUCAUGGGAAUGAUGCUUUUGACAAUGGCUGUGUCACUCAAAACAUUCAAGCCAACCUGCAGCAAUGGCAUUUGCAACAAGGCCUCUACCUCACAAAUUGCUUUCUUCUACCUCUCUCUAUACACCAUUGCUUUUGGUUCCGGGGGAACAAAGCCGAACAUAUCAACUUUCGGGGCGGACCAGUUUGAUGAUUUUAACCCCCACGAGAAAAGGAUCAAGGCCUCAUUCUUCAACUGGUGGAUGUUCAGCUCUUUCUUGGGUGCUCUGGUUGCAACCCUUGGCCUCGUCUACAUCCAGGAAAACGUGGGAUGGGGAUUGGGGUAUGGUAUUCCCACAAUUGGUCUAGUAGUAUCCUUAUUAAUCUUCUAUAUUGGGACACCAAUGUACAGGCACAAAGUUAGCAAGAACAAGACCCCAGCUAGGGACCUCAUCCAAAUUCCUGUUGCUGCCUUUAGAAAUCGGAAGCUUCCCCUCCCGAAUGAUCCGUCUGAGCUCCAUGAGUUUGAGCCACAGCAUUACAUUGACAGCGGAAAACGCCAGUUUUAUCACACCCCAAUUUUCAGGUUCUUGGACAAGGCUGCUAUAAAAAAUGGCAGCACGGUUGACCGAUCAAGGUCGCCAUGCACAGUGACUCAAGUUGAAGGAACAAAGCUGGUUGUGGGAAUGGGAAUGAUAUGGCUUGUGACCCUAAUUCCAAGCACCAUUUGGGCACAGAUCAACACUCUCUUCGUUAAGCAAGGCACUACACUAGAUCGGAGCUUGGGCUCGAAUCAAUUCCAUAUCCCGGCCGCUUCUCUAGGGAGUUUUGUCACCCUCUCCAUGCUUCUCUCUGUGCCCAUGUAUGAUCGUUACUUCGUACCCUUCAUGCGUGGCAAAACUGGAAACCCGAGAGGAAUCACCCUCCUCCAGAGGCUUGGCAUCGGAUUUGUCAUCCAAGUCCUAGCCAUUGCAAUCGCCUAUGCUGUUGAAGUUCGUCGAUUGCGUGUCAUUCGUGUCCACCAUGUUUCAGAGCCUAAAGAGAUCGUCCCCAUGAGCAUCUUCUGGUUACUCCCUCAGUACAUACUACUCGGCGUAGCCGAUGUUUUCAAUGCCAUUGGAUUGCUUGAGUUUUUCUACGAUCAGUCCCCGGAGGACAUGCAGAGUCUCGGCACAACUUUCUUCACCAGUGGGAUUGGUAUUGGUAACUUCUUGAACAGCUUUUUAGUGACCAUGGUGGAUAAAAUUACGGGGAGUAAUGGGAGUAAAAGUUGGAUUGGGAAUAACUUGAAUGAUUGUCACUUGGAUUAUUACUACGGAUUUCUUCUGGUCAUAUCUUCCUUGAAUCUGGUGGCAUUUUUGGUGGCUUCAAGCAAAUAUGUAUACAAGAAGGAAUCUGUUGACGUGAAAGAAGGGUGCAUUGAUUUGAUUGAGGCCAAAGCAAUGGCCACUCCUCUAGGAAUAUGUAAUUAAGUAAACUUAAACUUUCGAUCAAUCUCAGAGCUCUAGGAGAUCGAUAUCAUGCGUGAAUGUCGUUUGAUUUUCAAUUCUCUAUUAAAAGAAAAACUCAAAUACAGUUUGUAGACACUGUGGUAAGCUAGAUUUGUGUAUA